UAAAUAUAUUUAUUUAUUAAUUGGAAAGUAGAAUUAAACUUAUUUUGAUUUAGAAAAUAUAUUUUAGUGAUUGUGAAAGUGUUUUCAUAUCUUUAACAUAUAUGCCACAAUGGAUUUUGGUAGAAGUGUUUUCAACAGCAGCAACCAAACAGAUGAUACCCCAGCAGCGAUUAGCAAAGCUGUGGCAUGCCUUCCAGCUGGCCAAAUGUUCGAAUUGAUGAUUCAAAUGAAAGGUUGCAUCCAAAACAAUGCCACCGAAGCAAGGACCAUGCUUGCUAAAAAUCCACAAUUGACAUACGCUUUGCUUCAUGCACAGAUAUUAUUGAACAUCGUGGACCCUAAGGACUUCUUGGCAACAAUGACAGCCCCUGCUCCACCAACUCCUGCAACAGUCCCUGCUCCCUCAAUAUCAAUGCCACAGGCAACAAUAAAAGCAGAACCUGGUUUAACACAACAACAACCAACUGCUCCAACCCCUAACAUAAUACCCCAACCAGUUCCAGCCCCUGUAAUGAUUCCUGGUCUUGGUGGCAAUGCGCCUCCUAGACCUGUGGCUGCACCUCAGCCUGUCCCUGCACCUACAAUGGUGCCCCAACCUAGCAUAGUACCACCUCCUCAAAUAGUUCCUCAACCUAGUAUUGUUCAGAAACAACCAGUAGUGUUCCCGAAACAACCAAUGAUGGUUCCAAAUCAACAACCAACCAUGGUUACGAACCAACAACCGCCAAUGAUGGUUGCUAAACAGCAGCAGCCGAUGGGUGGUAUUAAAUUGCCACAGGCACAGCCUGCAGUGAGGGAGCAGCCUAGUGCAGUGGCUGCACCACAGACCAACAUUUAUAGCGAUACAGAUUUUCGUGCAUCAGAUCCAAGAAUGUUGCGUAGCAACCAGCCUAGUGGUGACCAGGAUAUGAGAAGUAUGUUAGCAAGACCGACACCAACAGAAAGUACUGCUGCACCAAGUGAUCCUAGAUCUCGUCCUCCUGAAGUUGCCAGGAAUGAUCCACGAUUAGCUAGAGGUAUCAUGCCAACAAGACCUCCUCCAACAUCUAUGGCACCACCUAGACCAGCUCCUGCUUCAAACGCUCCAACAACUGAUCAGGACAAGACUGCCCUGAUCAUGCAAGUCCUACAAUUAUCUGACGAGCAAAUAGCAUUACUACCGCCUGAUCAAAGGUCAAGUAUUUUGCUUCUCAAGGAACAAAUUGCACGCUCUACUCAGAGAUGA